GUCUAGUCAAGGAUUCUCCGCAUUGUGAAUGAAAGUGAAACAAGUUAGAGAUCAUCAAUCGUUAAUCUGGCUAGUGGCUAGGGGGAAUCAUACCUAAGUGAGUUCCCAACCUGUAAUUAGAUUAACUUUAACUGUAGUUUGCUAGAGUAGUUUUAGUUCUUUCAUCUUAAUCUGGUUUGCUAAAUAAUAAACUGAAGCUGAGUAAUAGUAACUCUAGAGACCCGUGGAUUCGAUAUUUAUCACUUGAGCCACUAUACUGCAGUGCCUUCCAUUGGUUACACUUGGCCAUUGUUAGGUGUUGUGUUUUAGCGAGUCAAGUUUUUGGCGCCGUUGCCGGGGACUUUCUAGAGUAUUAGGAAAGGCAGAAGUUUGUUACUUUAGCGUUUUUCUUUUCUUUUCUUUCCCACCCUUGCUUUUCACUUGGGUGUUUUUGUUUUUGUUGGUGCAGAUCUGAAUCAUGGAUCCUAAUGGCUUCUUCAAUCAUUGGGGGUAUCCACCGCCAUCUGGGUGGUAUUACCCCGAGACUCCCUGGAGCAAUCAAGACAGAGAAGACUAUGGAUUCGGGUUCCAGUACCAACCCCCUUACUACGGAGAACAACCGGACCCCUGGGCAUAUCAAGAACAACCUCAUUAUCAAGAAGAAUUUCUCCCACAACCAGAAGGGCCAUCGGCGCUGGAGUUACUCAUGGAGCAGUAUGCUCGAGACUGUGAGAGAACAUGCUCCAGGAUGGAUCAGUGUGUCCAGGCCUAUCGUGAAACAGAUGAGAUCCUCCUGAGCCUUAAGAAGAGCGUUGAUGAUCUUGAGCGAUCUUGGGCGCAACCUGCUCCAGAUCACCCUUCUGCUACCAUACAAGAAGAGGAGGAGGAAGAAGAAGGCUACAAGGGCAUUGUGGAACACACUGAAGUUGUCACGGAGAGCUCCCGUGAUGGUCAUGAUCAGGCGUGUCAUGUCGUAGCCGACCACACCUUCCCACACCCCAAACUGAGCUUUGAAGAGGCGGGCAUGAGUGAGGAGAUGCAAGAAGAUCUCAUGAAAGAAAUUGCUUGGCAACUUGCUCUCCAAUCCGUGCUAGAAGAAGAAGAGCAAGAAAGGGUGCAGAAAGAAGUUGUGGAGGAUGACGAAAGUGAAGCUGGAGGAGUUCUUGAUCAUUUCCCAGGGGUGAUACCACAUGAAGAAGGAAGGGAGGUUGAAGAAGCAAUUGGCGUCCAGGCUGAGGACGAAGUUGAGGUGGAAGAGGCUUGCACCGGCCAUGAGUUACAUGUGAUAUCUCCACCAAACUUCGAGGAACUGCUUAGCAAGGACCCAUUUGCAGUGUCUCUUUGCCAGACCAAGGCCACCUCGACAUCGGUCCCUCUUGGUGGACGCGAUGGUGGCCAAUCGAUGCUUUCUUAUCUGGUUUGGGGCAAUGAGACGAGAGAAGAGAAGAAGAGGUCUCGAGGGUGGAGACUUCAUCUGCAUCAAGUACAUGAGCCUUCCUCACCUGCCACACCACAUGCUCGUGACUUGAGACUCCACCUCAUCGACGAGAACCUCAAAUUCAAGGAGGUUCUAGCAUGGACCGAAACUUAGGAGCCAUCGUCCGGCUCACGACGUGAAAGAAGCGCUUGUUGGGAGGCAACCCAACCAGUCGGUUUGCAUUUCUUUCUCUAUUUCUCCUCGGUUGAGUCAGUUUUGUUAUUUGAUUUUAGAGUCAAUAACUCAACCUUUGUGAGAUUUUGUGUGGUGUUUGUGUUCUGAUUACUCUCUCUUCCUGGACUGCACUGCCUGACCCGUACAUCAUCAUUCACCCUUGAUCUGGUAACUUCGUUCAACCCUCCUUAUCUUUCCUCCAUUGAGGACAAUGUCGUGCUUAAGUGUGGGGGGGUGUUCGAUUAUGUAUGCGGGUGAAUGUUUGGCUGUUUGUGUGCUUGGAGCCUAGUCCACUGUCCAAAUUUUUAAAUUUGAGGGCUCCAAGUACGUGUUCCAUGCAAUUGCCUGCUCAGUAUGCUUUGAAUUGACAGUCUUUACAGUAAUAUGCAACCUAGGGAGGUAGUGUAGCACUAAGGAGGAUGUUGAUGCAUUUAAGAAGUCUCAUUUCUUCUUCAUAUAAAGUUGGUUGAUUGAGUGAAUUAGUGAUCUUAGGACCCUUGAAUUGUGUGGUGUUGUGGAUUCUCUACCUGUCAUGGACUCUUGUAUCAUGUUUUGAAAGUAACAGGUGCUCGAAAAUGUGCUUCAAAAUAAACGUCUCCCGUGCGA